AUGAUGAUCAACGUUAUCAUCUCAGCUCUCCUGCUGGUUCUCCUUGAACCCCUCCUUACAUACCUCCUCGACACCAAAAACCUCCGCCGCUUCCCACCCCUCUCCCCCCUCUCCGGCCUCACAAACAUCCCCCUAAUCCUCCUCCGCUACGCCGGCUUCCGCUCUAAAGCAAUCCACGCCUCCCACACCCACUCCCCCGUCCUCCGCCUCGGCCCGAACACGCUCUCCUUCUCCUCCCCCGCCGCCAUCCGCGCCAUCUACGGCCACUCGACCCCGUGCACCAAGGGCGGCUCCUACGACAACAUCCAGACCCCGCACCCGGGCCUCAUCGAGGUCAUCGACAAACCGACCCACGCCGCCAAGCGCCGGAUCCUCUCGCACGCCUUCGCGACGCGGAACCUCGAGGACUGGGAGGACAAGGUCGCGGAUAAGGUCCGGAGGCUGCUGGGCCGGUUCGACGGGGUCUGUGAAGAUGGUGACGGCGGUGGCGGCGGUGUUGUGGAUUUUCGGAGGUGGGCGAAUUUGUUCACGGUCGAGGCUAUCGUCGAUAUCGCCUUGAGCCAGAGGUUGGGAUGUCUCGAGAGGGGUGAUGAUCUUGUUGGAGUCCCGAUGCCUGACGGCGGGGAGAAGAGGGUGCCUUUCGUCGAGGGUCUUCACGCGCCGAGGAGAGCUACGUCGAUGAUUGUGUGGUCGUCUUGGUUCGGCGUGUUGAAGCUCGUCUUGCAGAGCGUACCGGGAUUCUUCCGUUCAGGGUGGAAAGUCGGAGAGGACUUCAAUGACUUGCUCUCGCACCUCGUUCGACAGCGCGUCCACAUGUAUGAUCGAGGAGACGAGGUGGACGAUCUAGCUACGUGCCUCCUCCAGGACAAAUCAGGCCGAGCACGAAACCUAGACACCGCCGAGAUCGAAGGCGACAUGGCAACGCUGCUGGACGCCGGAUCAGACACCACGGCCAUCGCACUAACCCACGUCAUGUACUUCCUCCUCAAGAACCCAACCACCCUGUCCAAACUCAGGCACGAGAUAGACGCCAACGCAGCCCUCCAAGACGACCUCGUCGCCACGCACGCCAGCGUCAAGAACCUCCCCUACCUCCGCGCCUGCCUCGACGAGUCCCUCCGCCUCCUGCCCCCCGUCUGCGCCGGCCUCCACCGCGUGACGCCCCCCGAGGGCCUCACCAUCGACGGCCACCGGAUCGAGGGCGGCACCGUCGUCGCCGUGCCCAUCUACACGGCCCACAGGAACCCGGAGCUCUUCCCGGAUCCGGAGACGUACCGGCCCGAGAGGUGGCUGGCGGAGGGCGGCAAGGACGCGCAGGCGUCCUUUAUGCCCUUCAGCGCCGGGGCGCGCGGGUGUAUCGGGAGGAACAUCACGUACAUCGAGCAGACGAUGCUUCUCGCGAGCCUGGUGCGGAGGUACGAGUUCAGUUUCGUGGAUGAGGGGUUUGAGAUGACGCACGAGGAGGCUUUUAAUCUUUGGCCUGGUCCGCUGCCGUUAAGAAUGCGGCGGAGGAUGUAA